AUGGCCAGAGUCGAAAUAUUCCUUCACCUAAAGACAACUCCAGAUGGUGUCUGUGUCUGUAGACUUGAGCGACAGCAGAUCUGGGAUGCGACUCGCAUAUUCGAAGGGAGGGACGUCGACGCCCAGGCCACUCGACGUCGAGGCGUUCUCAAAAUAGGGAGCAUCCCGGGCUCCUGCUUCUAUGAUCUAUCCGAAUACCAGAAUGUCAAUGAACUCUAA